AUGGCCAUCAGUUACCUCAUCCUGCUCUCAAGGCAGGGUAAAGUCCGUCUUGCCAAAUGGUUCACGACGCUGUCGCCGAAAGAGAAGGCCAAGAUCAUCAAGGAUGUCUCGCAGCUAGUCCUGGCACGGCGCACGCGCAUGUGCAACUUCCUCGAAUAUAAAGACUCGAAAAUCGUGUACCGCCGAUACGCCUCGCUCUUCUUCAUCGCCGGCUGCGCUUCGACGGACAACGAGCUCAUCACCCUCGAGAUCGUGCACAGAUACGUCGAGCAGAUGGACAAGUACUACGGGAACGUCUGCGAACUCGACAUCAUCUUCAACUUCCAAAAGGCAUACUUCAUACUGGACGAGCUGUUAUUGGCUGGGGAGAUGCAGGAGAGCAGUAAGAAGAACGUCUUAAGGACGAUAGGGCAGCAGGAUAGCUUGGAAGAAAUGGAGGCAGAGGAACAGGUAAGUAACGAGCUAAAAAGCGCUGGCCUCAUGUGA